CACGUGUUUUCAUAGCAGACGGCAUUUUAGAAUAUCAUUAACAGCAUCUCGAUAGCAAUGGCAGAAGCCGGGGAUAAAUCAAUUUGUUAUGAUAUCUUACAAUUUCAAGAAACCCUCAGAAGGAUGAGGACGUUGGACGAUAAGAUCAUUUACACUUUCAAUACAUCAAUGCCAACAGACUCUUUUAAAGGGCAGUUCAAUGCAUCAGCUACUUGCAAGCAUUUACACGAUGAGUUACAGAGUAAUUAUACCAGUAGGGAGAACAAAAUCAAGCAGUGCAUUGACGUGUUGGCCAGCGAGGUUCGUUCGCUUAAGCAGGAAAAAGACUCGCGUCCCGACAAUAUUCAAUUGCUCAAACACUUGAGGAGGGAACAGACUUCCCUUCGCCUUCUACAAACCGAACUCGGAGUGGAGGAAGUCAUCAAAGAAAGAACAAUGAAGGUCUUUCACGAACAUUGCCGCAAUUAUUAUAAGCUUCCCGAUGCCUCAUCAUAGCUUAAGAAGACAUUAUAAAAAUCAUUAUGUUGGAUUUUUUGAUGAACUUUCAAUUCUGGGCUCAGGUUUGAAAUCUUUUUGGAAACUCAGUCGAGUAUUAUUGACCUCAUUUUCCCCCAAAAAAUAUCCUGUUUGUAGAAUUGCAAAUGGUUCUAGUCUGCUGGUUGAGCUGUUGACAAUUUCUUCAUAUCGCGUGAGUUAGAAUUUCAAUAACAAAAGCUCGUACGUUAGACAACCACCAAGCUAUAAAGUUUCAAGUUUUAAAAAAGCUGUCGAUUCAGCAAUUGACCAGAAUGCGCGUCACAACGUAUUUUUCAAAAAAAUAUUUCAACACCAUUAAUGAUUUCUUUUCAACUUUUCAACUGUAUUUAGAAUACAACACAAUUUACGGACAGAAUGCAAAUUCAAAAGUAGAGGGCCAAAUAAUGAGAGGACUCAAUACUAUAUACCGAUCACAUCAUCAUACAACGUUGAAUUUCCAGGCCAAGUGUUAAGAACAAACUAUCAAAGACAAAACAGUUGGUCCGUAUACAUUACACCAUUAUUUAAUUUUUUUUUUUUUAGAUUUUUGACUUUUUUGUUGUUUUUUUUGUUUGUUUUUGCUAUGGACAUUAUUUAUAUUAAUCACUGAGAGUCGUUUAAUGAUGAUCGUUUUGAAUAGGAUCGUAUUUGUGAGCCUCGUUGUAUCGUCGGUGCCAUUCGGCGUUGUAUUCGUUGAUGUUCUCACCGCGAUGGGCGGCGUUCUUGCCGCUGAUGACCAUCAGGAAAGAGCCGAAGAUGGCAGCUCCGGCGACGAUCAGAUUCACCUUGAUCCGGAAGUGGCUGCGAGCGUUCUCAAUCACUGCGUUCCUGUUAGGUGCCAAUAAUGAAAGCAAAUUGAUUGAUUUAAUUAACCUAUCCAAUAUUAAUGAUAGGUAUAGUGAACUUACGAGACGAGAGAAGGAACUUCGGAGGUCUUCUUGAACUGGCCACUCCAGACGAGCAAUCGCUGCUCAAAGGGGCUGACUUUGUGGGCAAUUUGACCUUAAUAAUUCGCACACAAAUGUAUAAGCACCGGGCAUUUAAAUCUUGAAUUAAAAGAACUUACCAAGUUGGGAGACUGGCGAAAUGUAUCGAGCAGAGUCGGACAUGAGGCGCUUAGCAACAAUGCUUGUCUUGGUGAGUUGAGAUGCCAUUUUGAUGAUGGAA